UCAACCUUUCAACCGUUUAUCGCUGAUAAGGGCGCCUGAACGUUGACCCUUCAAUGACAGGUAUAAGGUUCACACCUGCACCUGGCCCCGUGCACACUGCUGAUGCUGCAGGCUCUGUCCGCGCUCGCUCUCUGCAGCUACACGCCCCGGUGACAGCCAACCCGGAGACAGAGUCAGGCAGACGGAGGCAGGCACACACCCGCUGCCAUGGAGUCCUGCUGUAACGCCAGGUGCGGGCUGAUCGCCGGCGCCGUCAUUGGGGCUGCGGUGGCCCUGUUGGGAGGCAUCCUGAUCCCGGUGGGGAACAACAUCAUCGAGAAGACCGUCAAGAAGGAGGCUGUCAUUGAGCCCGGCACGCCGGCGUACGAAAACUGGGCGUCAUCGCCGGCACCCUUGUACAGGCAGUUCUGGUUCUUUGAGGUGCAAAACCCCCAGGAGGUGGUGGAGCAGGGUGCCCGUCCAGCGCUGGUGGAGAAGGGACCUUAUACCUACAUGGUAGGAUAUUUACCCAAAGCCAACAUCACGUUGAACCCCAAUCACACCGUCUCCUACAAGCUGCCUCAGGAGGCCAUGUUUGCACCUGCGUUGUCCGUGGGAUCGGAGGAAGACAACAUCACCUCGCUCAACUUGGCUGUGGCUGGGGCUUACAAGCUGGUUCCCAAACUGCUGCACCCCAUACUGGAGACCUUGAUCAAGUCCACUAAGUCCUCCUUGUUCCAGCGCCGCACCGUCAAAGAGCUGCUGUGGGGGUACCGAGACCCCAUUUUUAAAGGAGUGGUGGGCCUGUUUACCACUUAUAACGGCACCUAUGACGGCGACUAUAACAUCUUCAGCGGCAAGGACGACAUCACUAAGGUGGGCAUGAUCGACAAUUGGCGAGGGAACAACAGCCUCAGUUUCUGGGACGACAAGUACUGCAACAUGAUCAACGGCACAGCUGCUUCUUCCUUCUCGCCCUUUGUGGACGACAGCAAGCCGCUUUAUUUCUUCUCAGCGGACAUCUGCAGGUCGGUGUCGGCCAUCUACGAGCAGACCAUGGACCUGAAGGGCAUCCCGGUGUAUCGCUUUGGCCUCCCGGACUCCGUUUUUGCCUCGCCCACCGUCAACCCUGAAAACCACUGCUACUGCAAGGAUCUGACGACCACCAAGAACUGCACCAUGGCGGGGGUGCUGGACUUGAGCGCCUGCCAGAACGGAAAACCCGUCUACAUGUCAUUGCCUCACUUCCUGUACGGCAGUCCGUUCCUGCAUGAGGCCAUGCAAGGCCUCCAGCCCAGCAAGGAGCAUCAUUCCACCUUCCUGGACGUGGAACCUAUGACCGGAUUCACCCUGAGGUUUGCCAAGAAGAUCCAGGUGAAUAUGAUGUACGGGCCGUCUAAGGUCAUCACGGUGCUGAAGAAAGUCAAGGACUACACCAUCUUCCCCGUCGUUUGGAUGAACGAGUCGGCGGCGUUGGACGAGGAAACAGCGGACCUGCUCAAGGACAAGCUGAUGGGCAGCAUCAAGCUGCUGGACAUCAUCCAGAAGACGAUGCUCGGCUGCGGCGUAGCCGUCUUUGUCCUUUGCCUUAUCUCGUACUGCGUGGUCAGGAGGAACCACAACAAGACGCGGAUCGUCUGAUUCGAUCCAAAAAGCUGCUGUGGGACAUUUUCAUAUUAACUUGCACUUUUUGUUUUUGAACUUUGACUUAAUUUCAGUGUUAUUGUUUAUGACGUUUAUACUGUGAUUUUUGUAAAAGGCUAAAAACAAUCAGGGAUGUCAAAGAAGAGCGAAGUCAGGGUUUCAAUCCUUUAAAUCUCCACUGCGAAACGUUUUUAUGGUUUGCUUAACUAGUGGCUUCA